AUGAAUCGACAAUCGACCAUUCUGUUCGUUAUCUUUUUUGUACUCUCCGUUUCCUCUUUGGCUGCAGGUGCCAAUAACAAUGAUAUCCUAAUCCAAAACGUGGAAUGGGAUGGAGAGGAAUACCGCCUCCAGCACGAUUUUAACGUCUUCAAGCACAAGUUUAACAAAACAUACACCUCCCCACAAGAAGAGGCUUUCAGGUUUUUGGUUUUCAAAGCCAACAUGCGCCAAGAAAUGCAGAGGCACAAGAAGCUUAUCGAUCCGUCGGCUGUUCAUUAUGGGUUUACUAAGUUUUCUGAUAUGACGGCAACGGAGUUGAUGAUCAAGAAGCAUAUAGGAUUGAAGAUUUGA